CUCCCUCCUCCCCCUCCCUCCCCUCCCCAUCCCCUCUCCCCUCCUCUCCGGGCCUGCGCGCGCGCGUCUUCCUCCUGCACGCGCCGCCACUACCCGAGCACUCUCGCCGGAGCCUCUGGCCCGCGCGUUCCUUUUCCUCUCCGGCUGCGGAGCGGGCGGGAUCCUGCACCGCAGUCGCGGAAGCAGCGGCAGCUCGGCCGGACACGGGCAGCGGCGGCGGCGCGCGAGCCCCCAGGCGGACCGUACCACCGCUCACCAGCACGCGGGGGGAGCCGGCCGCCCCGCCGCACACGCCUCGACGACUCCGCGGGGCUGAGGCGUCGCCGCGCCCGGGAGCGUGAUCGCCGAGCCGGCCUCGACCCCCAGCUCCGAGCCCCGCGGGCCGCGCCUGCCGGUGGCCCCACCCAUCCGGGCCGAGGAGGCCGCGGCCAUGGCCGAGACGGAGGAGCGGAGCCUGGACAACUUCUUCGCCAAGAGGGACAAGAAGAAGAAGAAGGAGCGGAGCAACCGGGCGGCGAGCGCCGCGAGUGGCGCCGGCGGGAGCAGCGGAGCCGCGGGCGCUGGCGGGAGCAGCGGAGCCGGGGGCUCGGCUGGCGGUGGGGCCCGGCCGGGCGACGGCGGGACCGCGGGCGCUGGGGCCCGGCCAGGCGACAGCGGGACCGCGGGCGCCGCCACCAAGGCCGUGACGAAGGAUGAAGAUGAGUGGAAAGAAUUUGAGCAAAAAGAGGUUGAUUACAGCGGCCUCAGAGUUCAAGCAAUGCAAAUAAGAGGUGGUACCUGUGCUGCUUGUGUGAAAACUCAGAUAUUAAAAAGUGAAAAGGAAGAAGAUGAAAAUGACAAAAGAGAAGAUCCAGGUGAUAACUGGGAAGAAGGUGGAGGCGGAGGCGGCGGUGUAGAAAAAUCUUCAGGCCCCUGGAACAAAACCGCUGCGGUACAAGCACCUCCUGCUCCAGUAGUUGAAACCCCAGAACCGACAAUGACUAGUGGCGUGUAUAGGCCCCCAGGGGCCAGGUUGACCACAACAAGGAAAACACCACAAGGACCACCAGAAAUCUACAGCGACACACAGUUCCCGUCCCUGCAGUCCACUGCCAAGCAUGUAGAGAGCCGGAACAGGGAUAAAGAAAUGGAGAAGAGCUUUGAAGUAGUAAGACACAAAACUAGAGGUAGGGAUGAGGUUUCAAAAAACCAGGCCCUUAAACUGCAGCUAGACAACCAGUACGCUGUGCUUGAGAAUCAGAAAUGCAGCCACACACAGUACAAUUAAGGAAUGGUCUUUGCUAACCCUUCUAAGGUAACUAGACCACAGCUAACCACCACGGACAGCCAUCCAUCGUCUGAUCUCUGCUGGACCUACGACUGAUGCAGACCACUCAGUACACGUGACCGGCCCUAUUGCACUUGGAAGUUUAAAGUGUCAUAACUGUUCUUUGUGUGUAUUGGAUUUAGGGGGAUUUUUGUUGUUACAUAAAUGCGUGAACUAGAUUCAGCCGUGUUCUUUCAUAAUUACUCUGCAAGUACAAAAAAAUCAAAAACUGCAGCCAGUGGUCAUUUCAAAAUCUUUUUAUGUUCAGAUACUGAGCCUUCGUAAGGGUUGACUACCUCAGAUUUGCUGCACUCAUUGUGGACUUCAUGUGGAUCACAACUUCUGGAUAAGGUUACAGCUAUUAAGUGUCGAUGUGAAACUUGAAACCAGCUCUCCUGGAUUCCUAUCAGAAAUCCUGCAGAAAGUCAGCCAUCUGGGUUCUGAUCUGCUGUAAAAGAUGAAGAUUUAAGUGACCUUAAUUAACCUGUCCUGUGCCCCAACCAUAAGGAAUACUCUGUAGUGGGCUGUGGCUAUAUUAGAAAUCCUGGAACAUGCCGCUCUCAAAAGAACUGAUGUGUUCAGAUUAUCUGCGUAGGGCUGUGAUUUAUAAUUUAAACUUUGAGUUGUAUUCUGAGGUUACCACAGAUUAGAUUCAACCAAACGCCGGUCCACCCAAGGUGGGUAUAGGGGUGGGGGGAAUAAUCUUGUUUCUUUUAGUAAUUUUUUAUUUUGGUAGUGCUUUUUCUGUGUUCUAUAUUAAGGCUUUUUUUUUUUUUUUUUUGCUUUGACUUGGAAUAAUUUCUUUGACAGCGCAUAUUGCUUGGUUAAGUAACCUGAAAUAUGCAUUAGAGUUGUGAAAUGUCUCAUGAAUUUGCCAAUCUCUUGAGUGGAACCAAAUAGCCUUUGGUGUAAAGGGCAGUGGAUGCAGGAGGCGCUACUUCAGGUGCUGCUAAAGCCUCCUCUAACCAGGUCUAAAUUGUGUGGUAAACUGCAGUUUACUAAACUAAAUUGUAUAGUAAAGAGUGGUUUCUGCUCAGGCCGAGGGAUCCACUGACCUGUCCUUACAAAUUCAAAGCAACGUGAGCAGAACCUCAACCCCAAACCCACUUAAGUUUCAUGGAUCUUGCAGGAUCUUUGGCAAGAAUUCCAGAUGUAUUUGUGCCCCAGUGUUAAGGUAUUGGAUAGUCUGUAGACGCAGUGAUUGUCCCAGCGUAGCUUUUUGUUACCAGGCUUCCGGUGUGUCUUUAAUGUUGUUCACUUGGAGAGUCAGGGGCAGAAGACAGGUGAUGUAGCACUUCUGUUUUUAAUAAUUACAGCUUAAACUAUCCAGUAAUUUUUAGUCCUGAAAAGGGGCGUCAGGAAGCUACCCAGGAUUACUGAGAAGUCUCUCCAUCUGAUGAGACAGUCUGGUAAUUUUCCUAGUUUUGUAUCUUUGGUUCAAUAGAAAUUUUUCAAAGUGGCAUGUGACCACUUGAUGCAGAGUCUGGGUUUCUCUAUAAUAAAUCCCUUUGCCAAAUGUAGGAGUUGCAGACUUGCUACUGGCAAGAGUGAAGCAGAUGGGUGAGUAAAACUAGCCUGAUGGGGGAGCAUUUUCCUCUAGGAGUUCAAUCUUGAUACAAGUGUCAGUGCACACUCCUAGGAGGGUGACGGUGCCACCUGACAGGGCCUGCCAGCCAUAUCUGGGCAAUAAUAUUGGCAUUAUUUGAGGUGGCAGGCAGGAUGCCUACCUUCUGGUGGGUUUGGGUGAGUGGCUGAGCCAGCCAGAGAGAUUGGAUGACUGAGAAACAAGGGAUUCUUGGUUAUACUGAAGACUUCAUUUGGGAACCAAAAAUCUGAAAUAAUCUCUUGGACUUUGAGCCACGUAUUUCCCCUUAAGAGUAAUGUGGUUUUUUCCAGCAAAAUUUUGUUGAGGGUUAUGUUAUUAAGAAAUGAACUGAGAUUAAUAUGUGGAAGUGUUAUUUAAUGGCAUACUGGCCCUAAAAAUCUGAAGACCUGCAGGAGAUUUAAAAAUCCCAACCCUUGUUGUAACUUUUUUUUUAAAGAUUUUGAAAUUACCAAAAUGCACAUGAAUCAAGUUUUAAUAUACUAUAUGAUGGGUGGGUGUGGCUGUCCAUUGUACCAUUUCUUUCUUUGAAUUCUCAGGCAUGGUUUGGCAGUGCAAGAACUCUGUAACAUUAACAAAUUCAAUAAAGUAAAUAUAUGGAC